AUGAAAGCUAACUUUGGAAGUUUGGGCCCUGUGAAGGGAAGUCAGCCUGUUAGAAGCUUACCUGUGGUUGCAAAACACUGUUCUGUGUGUUCUUUCCUCAGCGUUCGGCCACCAGCGGAAAAUCCUGACCAGACUCAACCAAAAAAGCAAAAACCAGCUUAUGCCGUCUCUGAAUGUAAAGAGAAAGUUGAAGAAGUUUCUGCUGUGGUGAAGUUGCCAGCCAAGGCAACAAGUAAACGCCAGAAGGCUUCAGUCAGCAAUGCCACUCCAAUCACAGAGUCUGCAGGAGAGAUUCAGUCUCCUCCUUCUGAUCCUUCAUUUAAAAGACCAAGAGGUGCUGCGCUAGAAAUAGAAAUGCUACAAUUUGAUAAAAUGCCUUGUGGAACCGAUACUUGCUUGAAUAAGGAAACACUGUCCCUUUCUCACAAGACCGUUCCACGUCUGAGUCUCAAAAUUGGAUUGAUAGUCUUGUGCAUGCCGCAGCUUGGAGGUGCUGUGGUUGACAAAGUUACGAAGACCAGUUGGAGGCCAGUCACUGACAACAUCUUAACACUGAGGCCACCCAUUAAGGAGCGCUCUGGGCCAGCAUCCACGACUUCAGAAGUCAGCAAAAUGGGGAGGCUUUUCUGUACUGCUGAAGAGGAUGUUCAGCGAGGAGAAAAGGAGAAAUACAAACAGCUCUUGAAACUAGUAAAGGAAAAAUACCCAAGAAGCUGCCCUACUCCACAGCCGACAAGCUUCCGCAACGUUCAAGCCUACUCCAAGGAGCCAGUGACGACUAGGAGUCACCUGGAAGAACAAAAAUACGGAGGAGAUGUCUAUCCGUGUGUGACAGUAAGGACUAGUAUCAAAUGUGGAGAAGUUUGCAGCCCACAGUGGUCUCAGAGAAGUGAUGUGAUCAGGUACCACACACCAGCAGAAAAUUUGCAUGAACAGGGAAGACCAGUGAAACAAGCCGUCGCAGGGAGACAGUACGGAGAUGGAAUCUCAGAAGAGGUGUUACUCCAAUUAAACCUGGCACCUGCUCUGUCCAGAAAGUCAUCUGCCCUUGAUGGGGAAGAAAAGAAAUUCCCAAGCUCAGAGAAAACAGCGGAACACUUUUCUCCACUCACAGAGGCCAUGGAGAGAGAGGUCUUUGCCGCGUUUGGCAAAGGUGAGCCAGAUGAGAUCAUGAGCAGUGCCUUCAAACUAAAGGUCACUCGUGAGGACAUCCACACGCUGAAGAACCUUCGCUGGCUAAACGAUGAGGUCAUUAAUUUCUACAUGACUCUUCUGGUGGAAAGAAAUAAGAAGGAAGGAUAUCCAGCAGUCCAUGCUUUUAGUACUUUCUUUUAUCCCAAACUAAUUUCUGGGGGCUACAAAGCCGUAAAAAGAUGGACCAGAGCUGUGGAUCUCUUCAAGCAUGACCUCAUCUUGGUGCCGAUUCACCUGAGAGUGCACUGGGCACUAGUGGUCAUAGAUGUCAGAAAGAAGACCAUCAAAUACUUUGACUCAAUGGGACAAAAAGGGGACAAGAUUUGUGAAACUUUGUUCCAAUACCUGCAAGAAGAAAGCCGGGAAAAAAGAAAUCUGGAACUGACUCUUUUGGAGUGGACUCUUCAUAGCAUGGAGUCACAUGAAAUCCCUCAGCAAUUGAAUGGAAGUGACUGCGGGGUUUUCAUGUGCAAAUAUGCAGACUUUAUCUUGAGAGACAAACCAAUAACCUUUACACAGAAUCACAUGCCUUACUUCCGCAAGAAGAUGGUGUGGGAAAUAAUCCAUCAGCAGCUGCUGUGA